AUGCAUGCGAACCGGAAAGGGACUGCUUGGUACAAAUGGUACACGGCGGCCGAGUCGCCAGAAGAGCGAAAGCUGCUUCUUAAGCUUGAUUUUCUCAUCUUGCCCUAUGCUCUGGCCAUGUUCUGGAUGUACUAUGUAGAUGCAUCCAAUAUAGCGAACGCCUGGGUUGCAGGCCUCGCACAUGACUUGGGCUUUGAUGGGAACGAACUCGUCAACUUCACUAGCGUCGGACAAGCUGCUUCCAUCGUGGGCACGAUACCCUUUGCAUAUCUCUUUACCCGCGUGCCCAUGAAUUAUCUGGUGCCAGGAAUCCAGUUGAUGUGGGGAGUCUUUACCCUUGUGCAGUUUCGUGCCAACUCUUAUUCUGCCUUCAUGGUCUUGCGAUUCUUGGUCGGGUUCUUCGAGGGACCAUUUUUCAUUGCGGUGCAGUAUGUUCUAGGAUCAUGGUGUAAGUUGAACUUAUCCAUUACCGGUUUCCCCGGACCGCCUUCCGCGCUUCCAACCCCCUUUUUCUCCACCACUGACUCAGUGCUCGCCAUCUCAGAUCGACCAGAUGAGUUUGGCCGCCGUGGCUGUCUAUUUUGGUUCGGACUGCCGUUGGGCGGCACGACUGCCGGCCUAAUCCAAAGCAGCGCCUCCGCCAACCUCGACGGCGUGGCAGGACUACGGGGUUGGAGGUGGAUGUUCGUUGUGGUUGGCGCCAUGACGAUCAUCAUCGCCAUUAUUGGUUUCUUCUUGUGGCCUGGAACACCCGAUCGUCCUAACAAGCUUGUACUUUCAAGAGAGGAGAUAGCCUUGGCCAACAGUCGACAUGAGAGAUAUCGUUUAGUUGCUCCAGGUAACGACAUUACCACAUUCUCGUGGUCACUGAUUAGGCAGGUAGUCACGACGCCUUUCAUUUACGUUCUUGUCUGCUGGAACGUCCUCUUCUGGAACGCUGACCCCACAAACUGGAACGGAUACCUACUCUGGCUGAACAGUCUUGGCCGCUAUAGCGAAGCAGAAGUCAAUCGACUCGGAGUUACCGCACCAGUCCUCGGCAUACUGUAUGCCUUCUUCAUCGCGUUUGGUUCCGAUCUCUGGCUUGGAAGGACGACGGCCAUCAUGAUCUCUAGCGUGGCCAACAUUAUAGCCAUGACCAUUCUAGUUGUCUGGACGGUUCCGGAGUCUGCUUUGUGGCUCGCCUACAACUUGCAGUAUUGCGUCAUCAUUCUCGCCAGUGUCAUAUAUGGCUGGGCCAAUGACAUUCUACGGCACAACAAGCAGGAAAGGGCCAUCGCUCUAGUGUUUAUGCAAGUAAUUCCGAGCUCGAUCAGAGCCUGGAUUGGCUUGUUGGUAUUCAAGACUGUGGAAGCACCUCGGUUUCUCAAGGGCAACUCGUUUAUGCUAGCCAACUCGGUCUGUUUGAUUGCUUGGACUUUGUGGAGGUUUAGAGCAGCAUAUGGCGUGUGUCUUAAUGAGGCAGCUGUAUCAUCAGAGAAUGUCGAGCAGAUUCACCACAGUCCUCCGGUCAAGGUGCCAGAAGACUAA